GGGAGGAUGUGGUGCUGGAGUGUGCUGCCACAGCCGACCCUACGCCUUCCGUCACGUGGUAUCUGGGGUACCAGCAGAUAGAUGGGGACGAUUAUCGGUGUCACACAGACUUUGAUGAAGUCAGUGGUAAGGCCACCCUCACCAUCAGCAGUGCCCAAACCACGGACAGUGGUCAAUUUCGCUGUGUCUUCACCAAUCAGCAUGGAGAGGCAGAGACCAAGAACUCCGUCACAGUCAAGAAGAGACCUGAGAAAGCCCCUGUGUUUUCCGUGUGUCUGCAUGAUGAGACCGUGAUAGAGGGACACUCCAUUACCUUGGCCUGCACAGUGGCAGAUGCGGAGACCAUUGGCUGGUACAAGGACGGCUUUGUCCAACGCAACUCCUCAGACUUCAAGCAGAGCUAUGACGGGGGAUGUUGCCCGUCUCGAGAUAGGAGAAAUCUUUCUGGAUGAUGUUGGGGAAUAUGCCUGUGUUGCUCGCAAUGAGUUGGGGGAAGAUCGAACAGCAUGCCAAAUAACUGUCACAGCCUGUGACUCAGAGACAUCCGUCGUUCCCAUGUUCCUCACAAAGUUCACCAAGACUGUCAUCAAGGUAGGGGACAAGCUCAUCCUGGAGUGUGAUGUUAUUGGGUCGCCAGAACCGGACAUCAGCUGGACCAAAAAUGGUCGCCCGCUGCGGGAUGACUGCCCAUAUAACCAAAUGUAUGAUGGACGAACAGCCAAACUGGAAAUAGAGGACGUCACUUCUGAUGAUUCUGGGAGAUAUGAAUGCAUCGCUGGCAAUGAAGCUGGCCGGGUGUCGCUGGAUGCAAGUGUCGCAGUGCAGGUGAAGGACAAGCCUCCAUGUGUGACGGUUCCGCUGUGUGAUGUGUACAGUAAAGCAGGUGAGAGUGCCACCUUAACUUGUCACAUCGUAGGCAUUCCUCAGCCCAGCAUCCAAUGGAGGAAGAAUGGAAUGAUGAUUGGGCACACCAAGGACUUUAAACAGACGUAUGAUGGCAGCUGUGUGACACUGGACAUCUGUGGUGUGUGUCACCAAGACAGUGGGCGGUAUGAGUGUGUUGCCCACAGUAAACUGGGAGAGACUUCAACCACGUGUCUACUGACAGUGAAAGACACAGCAACCGGGAAAGAAUCAGCAUUAUCACCAGCUCCUCCCAUCACAAGAUCUGUAACACCACCACAAACCAUCACUGGUCUAGCCAGGUCUGCUUCUACCUCACAGCGGAGUAGUCAUGGACCUCUGCACCUGUCGUCUCCCACAGGCCCUACAGCUUCACACAAUAUCAGUAGCAGUUCCGUGGGGCAGACAUCUUCCAAGACAUCCACUAAUGUAGUGUCACCCUUGGUCUCGCCUUCAGCAUUGCCAACCCACAUUAUAGGGAAGGCUCUCACAAGGUCAGCUUCCAUGACCAUCAGUACCGUAGUCUCAUCUGCAACCCCUGUCAUGGCUUCUCCAUCAUCUCCAGUGCCAGCAGAUAUUAGUGGGAAUGCUAUCACACUGUCAUCUUCCAAAAUGUCUACAAAUUUAGCCUCUGCUUCUACUACUCUCACAAGAUCAGCUUCCCAGAGAUCUGUCACGGUGAUAUCCUCUUCUCCAGAAUCUUCUCCCUCCAGUCCAUUGUCAUCUCAUGUCCUUGGUAAAGCCAUCACAAGGUCCGCCUCACAGAUCGUUACAUCGUCCUCUCAGAGCAGCUCAUCACCACCACAGAGCAUUAUUGGAAAAGCUCUGGAAACUCUAGCUGCCAAGUCACCUUCACGGCAUCAGAAUGUUAGUAGAUCAAUGUCCUCACCAACCAAUACUCAAGUAGAAACAUCUACAAAGCCACCAACUGGCCCUGUUGAUGACCCUUCACUAAUAAAGAGAAACAUUCCAAGUACUGAAUCCAUCUCUGUUCCUGCAAGGUCCAAUCCUCUCAAUACCAUUGGUAAAUUCCUGGCUAUGUCUGCAGCUAAGGACUUACAGCCAUCAUUCCCUAUCCGGACUACACUAGAUAGUCCCACAGAAGGAGGCCCAGUACCAGUCUCACCAACACAGCCCCAGGAGAAAGGCCCCAUUCAGAAGGCUCCAAGUCCAUCUACUUCACAGACACAGCCACUGUCUAAAGUGCAGCAGCUACGUUUGCAGUUCUUAGGCGAGGCUGGCCAGACCCAAACCAAUAAAGUCAGCAGUGCACCAAUCAGAAGAUGGCAUUCCCUUCCUCCACAAGACCUCAAGCCAGUCAUUGUCAAGAAGGAGAAGGGGUCUGUGACACGAACCAAGCAGCUACACGUCGGCACUGACUCCAGGGAGGCAACCAUGCCAACCUACGAGAACAUCAACGAUGAGGAAGAGCUCAUGAAAAUUAUGAGCAAGACAGAUGACUUUGAUGAACGAAAGAAGAUCCGUGCAAGAUUAAAAGAAGUGCGAGAAAAAGAUAAAUUGGAGCGAGAAGCAAGGCGGCAGCAGAGGGAAAAGGAGUCGGACGACGUUGUGAAGAAGAGGUUCGAGAAGGCAGAAGAAGAUAAGAAGAGGAAGAUGCAACAGUUUUCAGACAUGGCUGCCAAACCAACUUCUGUGACGACAACCAGGACUGGAGGUGAUGGAUCCCAGAUAACCACCACCACCACCACCAGUACAUCCACACAGAAGGUAGACGGAGGAGGCACUCGUACACAGACUGUGAAGAAAACUGAAACAAUGGUAUCAAAAACAUCAGGCAUGGGUGGAGUGCAGUUCUCUAAACCAGGGGCAGCAGAAGCAAUGAGAAAGCUGUCUGACCAGCUUCAGACAGCAAGUCCCCCCGGCACCAGUGGUAGGCUGAUGGUGAAGACAGAAUCGUGGAACAGUGCCGAUGCUGUGGUACAUACGUCCGAGAAGACAGAGUCUUGGGGAGCAAAGCCAGGAGGUUCCCGUGGCGCCAUGGCUGCCUUCAAACAGAUGGAUGCCACAAACAGCCCUGCACAACCGAAUGCUUUAGUUACCGUAUCACUGGCUAAGAAGGCUGCUACCACAAUGAGACGUAACGCUAUUGCCAUCAAACAGGAAGUGCUUGCCUUCUGCAAACACAACACUAAAGAAUACAAGACGAUACAGAUCACCAACUUCUCCAGUUGUUGGAACAAUGGGCUGGCAUUCUGUGCACUCAUCCAUCACUUCUUCCCGGAUGCAUUCGACUUCAAUGCGCUCACACCGAAAAACAGACGCUACAACUUUGAUCUGGCCUUUGACACUGCAGAGAAGAGGGCCGACAUUGCCCCUCUACUGGAUACAGAUGAUAUGGUGCGAAUGAAGAACCCCGACUGGAAGUGUGUGUUUACCUAUGUCCAGAGUAUCUACCGACAUCUGCGUGACCAUGACGCCAACAAGGCCAAGGAGGCAGAGCAGUGAUUGGCUGACUGGCUAACCGCUGCUUGCACAGCAUCAUGCAGUUGUUGUUAUUUUUGUCAUGUAACUUAUUGAGUUUGUAACAUUUAAUCAUGUGGUGGUGAUGCUGCACUGACUGUGUGUGGAGCAGCGACUAGUGCAGGAGUACCUAGUAGAACACAGGUGACACAGUGAUUCCCACCUCCAACACACCUGCUUCCAGGCCAGAAACACACAUCUGUUUCGUCUCUUUCGAACUUGCCACCACAUGGCUUCCCACAGGGAAGUCAUCAUCGUCAAGAGAUAAGUGUUUAUUGUGAAACUCUCCAACACAUGUAUGGUAAAACGGUUAGUGAAGACGUUGGAGUCUCGUCACUGUGUAUCACAUCACCUGUUGAGGAGCGUAAGAAGUAUGUAUUACAAUAGAUAGCAUUUCUAUAGCAAACACAAAACCAAUGUCUUCCAGGUUUCUACACUAUAUUGGGUGAUAUGUUUACUGUAAUGUGAUAUUAGAAUGGUGCCUUUUAUGUGAUACAAGUAGCUACUGUAGAUGACAAAUACGUCCAUAUUAUGGUUUGGGCUGAUCAGCAUCUAUACGAGCUGUGUGGAGCUCAGCAUGUGUUAUCUGUCUCUGCUGGGAGGAUAGUGAAGGACUGUGUGGAGGGUGACAACAUGGCGCCAUGGCUCAGACAGAUGGGCUCUCAUAGCAUGUUGCAGUCAUGGAAUGUUUCUUGCUUCACCCUGCAGCCAAAUAACAUCCACACAUCAGUCUUACAGUCACCCCUUACACCAACUGUCACACCUGCAGGUGACAGAUCCACAGUCACACCUGCAUGUCAUCAGGGGACUGUUACACCUGCAGAUGGAUCCACAGUCACACCUGCAUGUCACCACGGGACUGUUACACCUGCAGGUGACAGAUCCACAGUCACACCUGCAUGUCAUCAGGGGACUGUUACACCUGCAGAUGGAUCCACAGUCACACCUGCAUGUCACCACGGGACUGUUACACCUGCAGGUGACAGAUCCACAGUCACACCUGCAUGUCACCACGGGACUGUUACACCUGCAGGUGACAGAUCCACAGUCACACCUGCAUGUGACCAGGCCACUGUAACACCUGUGAUUGAUGAUGAUAUGAAUGUAGGUAUUCAACUUGGAAGUGGACUGGUUCUGUAAGUUGUGAAGUUGAUUGCUACCACCUCCAAGUAAUGUUUUUAGUCCAAAUUCAAACAUGUGAAGGACUUGAUAGUUGAGAGUGCAUAAUAUAAACUACUGUACAUGCAUAUGUGGAUAGGACGUAGUGUUGGUGCUUGCUAGGGUUUUAGGGAUAUUGUAUUUGUAGAAGAAGGUAGACUUGCAUUAUCUAUGUAUCCGGUGUACUAGUGUAGGUAGUGCUGACAUCUGGUGGCCAACCAUGCUCCUAGUGUUCUGUAGCUAUCCUCCUACACACUGUGGGGGAAGAUAUUCUUACAAGUUAACAGUGCAAUGUAAUCCCAUUAUGUGAGAUAAUUGGCAUUUCAAUUCACAAUACUCAGCAACUUGACGGCAGGCCCCUUGGGGACAGUGAAAAACAGUACUGGUAGGUAACAUAUGUUGACAUUGUGCCCUAGAUCAUCGGAUUGGUUUCUGCAUCUUAUUUGGCCUAUUGCAGUGCUUUGAGCUUUGUUUUCUUCAUGACUGGCUUCAUACAGGGUCUUCUUUACAUCUGUUCCUAAAACAUGUCUUUUGGACUUUUUAAGUUCAAUGUUAGUAUAAUCCAGUCUGUGGUAAGAUUAUAUUAAAUGGUUUUUGGUAUUAUUUCUCGACAUCACAUAAUGCAAGAUGGCAUCUAUUAAAUAUUUUUCUAUGUACAUCUCAUGAAACAAAUCAAAGACAAAGAACUUUGUGCAGGGUUUAUGAUUGAAUUUGUUUUUGACAAUACAGCAAUUACUCACUUAAAGCUAUAAAAGCUUUAAAGGUCUUUGUCUUUAUGUUAGGCAAGGGUUCCACUGUCCCGGCAACUGUGUGCAAGUCUGUGUUACUGUGUCUGUCUAGUAUUGAUUGCUCUUGUUUUUAUGAAAUAACAUGUUUUAUUUCCAUUUUGUAGAUAUUCAAUGAUAUCAUAACUUGUACAGUCAACUGUUUUGUAGUGAACUAUUUCCAGUGCUAUUCAAUAUAACUCCUUUUUCAUGUUUUGUUUUGCAUACCAACAUUAAAGUUUGUAGUUGUGUUCUCAGGGUGCCGCAAUAUGUAGUGAUUAACGUGAUGUCACACUCUCCAACAACCUCAAGCAACAAUCACGUACAGGUUGCUGCCAAACACAAACUAGAUUUCUUGUAUUCAUGUAUUUUUCUCCUUUUAUUAUCCAUGUAGCCUGAUAUUUGUUCUUACAACCCUGCAUUGUAAAGAGUCUCUACUGUAAGUGCUGGCACUGUCUGUUCUUGAUCAAUGGUAACAUGUUUGUAAAUCCGUGCCAAAUUUGAAAACAAUAUUUACCACUGUACUUAAAAAUAUCCAUUGCUGCCAACUGCCAGUUGAAGGAAACGUUUGUAUAGUAUGGUUAGAUUUGUGUAGACAGCAGGAGACUGGGGCAGCUGGGGUGGGGCAACACUUGACAUUAGGAGGGAGGGCUUCAUGAGAUGCUAACGCAGCAAAACUGUGUCCUUUCUGUUGUUGUGUGCAUUUACUGUAUAACUUAACAAGUACACAUCCUGUGCGUAUGUUUCUGUAUCUGUUAAUGAAUAAAAAUAUAAUUAUAUCUG